AUGUCUCCCCUCGCAGAAAAACGCUACAAGCUCAACACAGGCGCUGAGAUUCCCGCCUUGGGUUUCGGAACGUGGCAAUCCACCCCCGAAGAAACCCAACGCGCUGUCUACCACGCCAUCAAAGCCGGCUACCGCCACAUCGACACCGCGCUUGUCUACGGCAACGAAGUCGACGUCGGCAAGGGCAUCAAAGCCGCCAUUGACGACGGCCUUGUAAAACGUGAAGAUCUCUUCGUGACCACGAAGCUAUGGAAUGUUUACGCCAACCGUGUUGAGGAGGGGCUUGAUGCAAGCCUCAAGGCCCUGGGGUUGGAGUAUGUGGACUUGUAUCUUGUGCAUUGGCCUGUGAGGAUGAAUGAUAAGGGAAACCACCCCCUCUUCCCCAAACACCCCGAUGGCUCCCGCGACAUAAUCUUCAGCCACAACCACGUCGACACCUGGAAGGACAUGGAAAAACUGCCCGCAACCGGCAAAACCAAGGCCGUCGGUGUCUCAAACUACAGCGUUCCCUAUCUCGAAAAGCUUCUUGCCGAAGCAACCAUCGUCCCCGCCACAAACCAGAUUGAGAAUCACCCGCAACUAGCGCAGCAGGAGAUUGUGGAUUUUUGCAAGACGAAGGGUAUCGUGAUUGAGGCGUACAGUCCGCUGGGGUCUACGGGCAGUCCGUUGUUUAAUGCUGAGCCUGUCGUCGAGAUCGCGAAUAAGAGGAACGUGAGCCCCGCGACGGUUUUGUUGAGUUGGCACUUGGCCCGUGGCUCCGUCGUCCUCGCGAAAUCAAUCAACCCAGACCGCAUCACCGCAAAUCGGGAAUUGAUUGACUUGGACGCCGAGGAUGUCGCGCUUCUCCAGAAAUAUGCUGAUGAUCUCAGGGCCAGUGGGCAGCAGAAGAGAUAUGUUGCGCCGCCGUUUGGCGUUGAUAUGGGAUUCCCGGAUAAGUGGUGA